AUGACACGUCAUCGUAGAACUCACACAGGAGAAAAACCAUACCAGUGCAUUAUAUGUGAUAAACGUUUUGCUGAUAAAACUACUUUGUCUGUACAUCAUAGAAAGCACACGACAGAGAAGCCAUUCAAAUGUAACGUAUGUGAUAAGAGUUUUGCUACAAAUAGCAUUUUCUCUGUUCAUCGCAAAACGCAAACAGAAGAGAAGCCAUUCCAAUGUGAUAUAUGUAAAAAGUGUUUUGCAAGGAAAUGUGACAUGACCUGUCAUCGUAGAUCUCAUACAGGAGAGAAACCAUAUCAGUGCGAUAUAUGUGAUAAAUCUUUUCACUUGAAAGAUGUUUAUAAAUUUCCUUAUAUGUCGCUAAGCACUAAUGAAGAAUAA